AUGUCCGGUAGAGGUAAAGGUGGUAAAGGUCUAGGUAAAGGUGGUGCCAAGCGUCACAGAAAGAUCCUCAGAGAUAACAUCCAAGGUAUCACCAAGCCAGCUAUCAGAAGAUUGGCCAGAAGAGGUGGUGUCAAGCGUAUUUCCGGUUUGAUCUACGAAGAAGUCCGUAACGUUCUAAAGACUUUCUUGGAAUCUGUUAUCAGAGAUGCUGUCACAUACACUGAACACGCCAAGAGAAAGACUGUUACCUCUCUCGAUGUCGUUUACGCUUUGAAGAGACAAGGUAGAACUUUGUAUGGUUUCGGUGGUUAA